AUGUCAAAUAAUUUGACCACUACGCAUGGUGGCAGUACUACCCUUGAAUUACUAGCACAGUACAAUGACCAUAGAUCGCAAAAGGACAAGAGUAUAGAACACAUAGAAAAAGGAACGUCUUCAGAAAAUGAUAAUAGACCCUCAUAUGAUGAAAUAUUCACGGAAAAUAUCAAACUAAAGUUACAAGUCCAAGAAUACGAAUCUGAAAUUGAGAGUUUAAAAAAAGUCAUUGACAUUUUGCAAAAAAAUAGAGAAGCGUCCUUAGACGUGGUACUAGAACAGGUCCAGAAUGAUUCGAUAGACUCGCAUGUCCCUGAACAGUCUUUUGUGUUACCUCCGAGAUCUGCUGAAAGGAAAACGCACAACAAGAGCCUAAAUUUGUCUAUACCGACAUUGUCUCCUUCAUUGCAACAAGGUAAUAGUAUCCCUUCUGAAACGAUUGUAACGCCCACAAUACCUCAAAUAGAUGUUACGUCAAAUUCGAACCCUAACCGGUCGAGUACUUCAAUAAGUAGGAAGCAUUUACAAAAUAUGAUACUGAGCGAGGAAAUAGAAACUAACAGUGGAUAUUCGUCGCCCAAAACUGUUAGUAGGUCCGCAUCGAGUCCUACGAAAGUAAAAUCGGAGCGAUCAGCUAGCCCGGCUGCAUCAGUAACAUACACGACUUCUAGAAUAACCAUAAAAUCGCCCAACAAGACUCCAAAAUCCCCAUUACAAGAACGUUUACGUUCACCACAAAACCCCAACAGAAUGACAGCUGUCAUCAAUAACCAUUUACAUUCACCACUGAAGGCUGCUACGUCAAACAAUUUAGACGAGCUGACUGAAUGUCAAGGCCAACAACUCUCUAAAAACAUCAUGCAGAAGAAUGAGCACGCCUAUUCUUCUGUAACCUCUUCCGCGUAUACCAAUGCAACACCCUCUUCAUUAACCAAAAGUCCAUUAUCACAUUCGAAAACUAAAGAGAAUAGUAACGAUACGUCGAAUUUUUCUCCAGCAUCAAAAGAGAAACUUAAUAAUUUUACACAAUUACUUGACUCUUCAUUUGGCGAAGAAGAUCCGGUUAAACCAGAAAUAAAAGGUUCUGCAAUUGCAAAGCCAAUAAUGAAUGAAAGUCUACCUCCACCACCAGCACCUCCAACGUUUUUUUCACCUACCUCCAACACUGAUGGGAAAGACACUACUCCACUAUCAAGCCAUUUGGCAUCGCCAGUGAUCUUAAACAGAAAAGAUGAUGUUGUUAAUCCCAAUGGUGCAAGCAAUUUGAGGAACCCUGCCUUAACUUCCUCACUUUCCAGCCCUUCCACAAAAUCAUCAGCAGCAAGUCAAAAUACUUCUCUCCCCUCAAAUCCCCCCACAGAGGCUCUGUCAAAACAAAAACAGUCUGUAGAGACUGCGUCUAUCAAUUCGAACAAUACUGCUAAUACAUUCAACUCAAAUUCUCAAGGCUCCAGUAAAACUUUCAGAAGACCACACGCAAGUAGCGUUAGCACGGUUAAAUCUGCUGCUCCAAGCUUUAAAUCGGAAAUUCCAUUAUUCGUGCAACCAGAGGACUUUGGUACCAUUCAAAUUGAAGUAUUGAGCACGUUGUACAAGGAAAACGAAGAUGAUUUAUCAACGUUGUUUGCUAUCAUAGACAGGAAAUCCGGUAAAGAAAUGUUCGAAUUCUCGAAAUCGAUUCAUAAAGUCCGAGAAUUAGAUGUUUAUAUGAAGUCUCAUAUUCCUGAUUUGCCAUUGCCCUCGUUACCUGAUAGACAAUUUUUCCAAACUUUAUCACCUGUGAAGGUAGAUACGAGAAGAAAUAUUUUGAAUCAAUACUAUACAAGCAUAUUUAGUAUCCCCGAGUUCCCACAAAAUGUUGGCUUGAAAAUUGCUCAAUUUAUUAGUACAGACACAGUAAUGACACCCCCGAUGAUGGAUGAUAAUAGAAAAGAUGGAUCACUUUUAUUAAGAAGGCCAAAAACUCUAACAGGUAAUAGUUCAUGGAGGGUUCGGUACGGUGUCCUGCGCGAUGACGUCUUACAACUACUUGAUAAAAACCAAGCGAUGGAAACGAUUAGGCUGAGACAAGCGUCUAUAGAACUCAUACCCAAUCUUCCUGAAGACAGGUUUGGUACCAAGAACGGAUUUUUAAUCACAGAGCAUAAGAAAAGCGGACUAUCAACUUCAACAAAGUACUAUAUUUGUACUGAAACGCCUAAGGAACGUGAAUUGUGGCUUUCUGCAUUCAGUGAUUUCAUAGAUCCUUCACAGUCUGUGUCACUAUCAAAUUCAAGGAAUAUAACUUACGCAAACGAUACAGAUUCUGCAUCUCAUUUGAGUGCAAAUUCACAUUUCUCCAAAUUUGGAAAUACAACCACAUCAGCAACUGAGACUCCAUCAUAUGUUACAGAUUUAACACAGGAGUAUAGCAGUAAUAAUAACAAUAACAAUAAUCACAUGGUGAAUGGUGAAAAUAUUGAUACUAAUUUGCCAUCACAUUCUAAUCCUCUUGCCAAUCCAACUUUCAGUGCAGAUGAAGAGAAAGAUAAUAGAAGAGUCAAAAUGAGAAGUUUGUUCCCAUUCAAAAAAUUAACCGCUCCGACAAGUGCGAUGAACCACUUGGGUAUCACAGUCUCGAACGAUUCUGAUUCACCAACAUCCCCUGAUUUUGUCAUCAGAUCGCCAAGCAAAAAGUUAAUGGAUAUCCCAAAGACGACAAACUCUUUUUCAAUGGGCUAUUCAACCGCUGUAGUAUUUGGGUCAUCAUUGGAAACAUGUUUGAGAUUGAGUUCGCAUAAAUAUCAGAGUGUUUAUGAUUUGCCAAGUGUUGUUUAUCGUUGCUUAGAGUACCUUUAUAAAAAUCGUGGAAUUCAGGAAGAAGGUAUAUUUAGGCUAAGCGGAUCGAGCACUGUCAUCAAAACCUUACAAGAAAGAUUCGAUAGAGAGCAUGAUGUCGAUUUAUGCCGUUACAAUGAAAUCAUUGAAGCUAAGGACGAUGGAACGUCUCCAAGUUUAUACAUCAGUGUGAACACUGUGAGUGGACUACUGAAACUUUACCUGAGAAAUUUGCCUCAUUUAUUGUUUGGUGACGAGCAAUUUUUGUCUUUUAAGAGAGUAGUAGAUGAAAACCAUAAUGAUCCUGUUCAAGUUUCAUUAGGAUUUAAAGACUUAAUUCAGUCAGGUGUAGUACCACACGCUAAUAUGUCAUUGAUGUAUGCCCUUUUCGAACUAUUGGUAAGGAUCAAUGAAAACAGCAAGUUUAAUAAGAUGAAUCUAAGAAAUUUAUGCAUUGUAUUCUCUCCAACCUUGAAUAUUCCAAUUACUAUGCUCCAACCAUUUAUUACUGAUUUUGCAUGUAUAUUUCAGGGUGAAGACCCAAUCAAAGAAGAGGAAAGAGAGAAAGUAGAUAUACACAUUCCUCAGGUUUGA